AUGACGGUAGAAGAGAGCGACAACAUGAGCUUAUCCCCGCUGGAGACGCCAGUGCUGAAAGUCAGCCGGCCAGUUGCUGCCUGCAGUCGCUGCCGCAACGCCAAGAUCAAAUGCGACGGCAAGCUGCCAGCCUGUACUUCCUGCGAGAAGAACGGUCGAGCCGCCGAGUGCACGAGUACGAAUGACCAGUUUGCGAGAGGUAAGGAGCGCAGCUAUGUUUCGACUCUGGAGACCCGGCUCGACAGACUCAACGCCAGGCUGGAGGAAGCCCGCGCCAGGAAGCCUUCUGUGAUUGAUGUACCCGAGGAUGAAUCUGCGACUGCGGCGCCUUCACGGAGGCAGUCUCGUCAGAUUCAGCCGGGUGAGCCGCCAACGCCGACCACGACCCGCUUGAUGAAGCGGAAGGAGGUCACGGCUAUGGAUGAUCUGGUUUCGGACUUUGGGUACUUGUCGGUGAAUGCGACGGCGCGGGACUUCUAUGGCUUUACUACCGCCAUGUCCUAUGCGCGGCUGGUACUGUCUGCGUGCUCCAAGGACGAAAUGCCGCAAGGGCUGAAGAAGGCCCUACCGCCACGGGAGACAGCUAUGAUGCUGAUCCAGCACUAUUUGGACAACAUUUUUGUGCUGCUACCGGUGUUUGACGAGGCCUCCUUCUACGCUUCGGUCGACAAUGUCUACGGAAAGGGCUAUAGGUAUGCCGAUCCGUUAGAUCACUGGAUGGUCCGCAUGGUUUUUGCGAUCGCCAACAUCUCGAUGUCCCAGCAGAGAGGAGAUCCGCAUUACAUGGAAGGCAUUGGCCACGUGUGCGCAGCUCUGGACCAAGCAGAGGCAGUGCUGCAUCCCGGAAACAUCUCUGGUGUGCAGGCACUGAUCCUGCUGACUGAGUAUGCUAUGCUGGACCCUCACCAUUUCGACUCAUGGAGUCUUAUCGGAGCUGCCUCCCGUGCAAUGACAGAUCUUGGACUUCAUCAAGAUCCUCCGAAAGGCACACCUAUGCCUAGGGGCAAGCUCGAGCUGCGACGGCGAGUCUUUCACUGCAUCUACACACUCGACAGAUCUACGUCCCUCGUCCAGACCCGAGCAUUUUCCUUCUCAGACGACAGCGCCAAGGUCAAGAUACCGUUCCACAAGCAGCCAACUUCAGCGCCUAACUCACCUGAUGCGGCCGCAAACGGAUCCCAACAACAAGCGAAUGCAUGGCUGCAUACUUAUGAGCACGCUUUGGACUUGAUCAACCUUCGCAAGCACCAGUCAGCUUGGUACGCAGAACUGUUUCAGUCGGGUCGGACGCAGUGGGAUGAACCAUACCCAUUCUUGUGGGACACCUGCGACGACAUGCGAAAGUGGUUCGAGGAGCUUUCGCCCACCAUGCCCGCUCACAUCAACCGCUUCUUCGAGCUGGAUCUGUUCUAUUCCUACGUCUACGUCUUAUCCCCAUCUCCAAGAGUGCCCACUAUCAUACCUUUUGCUCAGCGGCUGAUCUUCGAGUACUGCAUCCGCUACGCCGAGUUGAUGACGGACCUUAUUAGCGACCCGACAUACACAGCUCCGCUGACCUUCUAUGAUGCCAUGAGGGUUUACAUGACGGGACGGCAGUUCCUGGAUGUGCUGCUUCAUAACAUGGACAUGCUGCUCAGUGGUACGAUCCCGCCGCAUCCGGAAGUCAAGCCCACGACAGCGCCGCCACCGCCUGUGCCGGUCCCUCAGCUUCCGCACGGAGAGACUGUGCAGCGUUUCAACAUUGUGCGAAGCAUUAGUUGCAUCACGCAGGUCACGACGUGUCUUGAGCGACUUGGCGCUCGCUUCGGAUACAUGAGCUGGAAUCAGCGAUACCGAAACGAGACCACAGCUACACUCGACAACUUGCAUGAACGCCUGCGUGAACAUGAUGAGGUUCACGCACAGAAGCGGCCCACCAUGUGGCAUGCCGGCUCCGGCGCUUCUAACCCUAGUAGCAACGGGAGUUUCACCUACCAGUCGCCGCAACAACGUGCAUCGGGAGUGAAUGCCGGAUACGCCGGGCAUUACCCACAACUCUCCCCAUCUGGCUCUGUGCGACCUGCCACCGGCUAUGCCGAACCACAAGUCAGCCACCAGCAGUACGAGCAACAGCCGGCAAUGCACCAGCAGUACAACACGCAACCGCAGUACCCUCAAUCUCAGCAGACAUAUCAGCCUGUUCAGCAGCAGCAGCAGCAGCAGCAGCAGCAGUCUUUCACCGUCAGCCAACCCGCAUACAACACUCUGGCACAUGCCGUUCCGCCAAAUCAGCAAUUUGCACUUUGGGGUGGUUAUAGUGGUGCUUCUGCACCUGUGCGAGAGGAGAACGCAGCGCCUCAACCACAGAAGAUGUAUAUGCCGCAGCCGACCCCGACAGGUGUUCUAUCACCCACAAACACCAGCGGCGGCCCACGCGCUGUUUCUCCUCGACAACCGCUGAAUCGUGCCGGACCACGACAACAGUCCCUCGUGUCGCCCACAGCAGCGGACCCAGGACAAA